AUGUCUCCUCUCAUCAUCGACGACCACAGCCCGAGCGUAUCACCCACACGCAGGGCUCGUUCGAGCUCGUUCGCGGUCACCAUGGCUAAGCCGAGAGACUGCCCGCGGCUCGUCGACAUCGAAUUCUGCGCCUUCGCAAAUGAGAGAACGAACCACCUUCUCUCAUACCGAGACCCACACCAAAAGGCUGAUUCCGAACGCGCCGUGCGAUGCUACCGAUCACUUCUUCGACGGAACAAUCGUAGAGCCGGCUCAUCCAUCGUCAGCUUCCGGAAGGUGACGGACACAACAACAGGAAAGAUCAUCUCGUUCGCCAAAACAGAGUUCAAGGCGUACACGGAAGAGGAGCUUGCCAGUCGGCCAGAUACCGGGCAUGAGGGCGAGUCUAGGAUGAAUCGGGAUUGGUUUGCUCUCAAUGAGAAAUGGAGGCGUGCCUACGUCGGGACCCGGCGUCACUGCUAUCUUGGCAUGGUCGCUACCCAACCGGCCUACCAGCAACGCGGUGCAGCUACCAUGAUCCUCGAACCCAUUCUUGGCGAUGCCGACGCAGAAGGCGUGGAGUGUUAUCUCGAGGCCACCUCGACCGCGAAACCGCUUUACGAGAGACAUGGUUUCGUCGCCGUCGGCGAGCUCAGCUUCGAUCCGGCAGCGUACGGCGUCUUUGGUUACAAGGUCGAGACACAGACUGUCAUGGUCCGUGGCGCGUUGGACUCCCGUGGGGUGAGGCAAGAGGUGACGCCGUGGAAUGUUGAGACGGGUCCAGUACAAGCGAUGCUUUCUUAG